UCAGCAGUAUGUAAAGCGGGACAACACAGGGCAUCCCAGUUACACCAGCCACCUGGCCCGAAGUUUCCCAAAUCCGGGCGGCUAGAGGCCCACUGCUUCCUAACUACCAGCUGAGGGGGUCCGUCCCGAGAAGGGAGAAGAGGCCGAAGAGGAACCAUGAACUUCUAUUUACUCCUAGCGAGCGGCAUUCUGUGUGCCUUGAUGAUUGUCUUCUGGAAAUAUCGCCGCUUUCAGAGAAACACUGGCGAAAUGUCAUUAAUUUCAACUGCUUUUGCACUACUAAGACGCUCUUCUGGGUUAAUUAGCAGCAAUACAGACAACGAUCUUGUAUUCAACAACCUCUCUCGGGAUAUUUUAAAUAAUUUCUCACACUCGAAAGACAUGCAGAAGCGACUAUUGGUAAACCUCAAGAGGGCGGAAUACAAAAUGGCUGAACUGGAAUAUAUUCUAGUUAGCAAGGGUUUGAGAGGUGCGUCAGGUCACCAGAAAUUCGCCUCAAAAGCGUACAGGAUUUAAUGCCAGUGGUGGAAAUAAUUAAAGACACUUUGAGUAGAUUCA